ACAUUGUCAAGAAUGCCACGAAUAUUUUGUUUCAUCAUUUUUGGUUUUAUAAUUAUUAAUAUCAGUGCAAAUAAUACUGAUGUUUUAUAUUCAUCAUAUGUCAAUGAAAUUGACAUAACAUUACAUUUGUAUCAUAGUCUUAAUCAAAGUGAUGGAAUUGAUAUUAAAAAUCCACAAAAUAUUAGUUACAUUGACAUUGAUUUGAAUAAAAGUAUUAAAAUUAUCAUUCACGGGUGGAGAGAUGAUCCAGGUAAAGAAUGGAUUGAAAAAUUACGUGAUAAUUAUUUGAAAUAUUAUGAUUGUAAUAUUGUUGUUGCUGGAUGGGAAUCAUUAUCUACAAGUAUAAAUUAUUUAGCUGUUGUUAAAAAAAUAAAACCAAUUGGUGAAGAAAUGGCAAAAUUAUUAUUAAAAUUUACUCUAAAUAAUAAUGUUGAUGUAAAAAAUAUUCAUAUACUUGGUCAUAGCCUUGGAAGUCAUAUUGCUGGUUCAAUUGGUGCAUUUUUUAUAAAUGAAAAAAUUGGUAAAAUUGGAAGAAUUACAGGACUUGAUCCAGCAGGUCCAGGCUUUGAAAAUAACAAUGAUUUGAGCUUACAACUUGAUCCAUCUGAUGCUGAAUUUGUUGAUGUUAUUCAUACAUGUACUGAUUAUACAGGAAUUGCCAAAGAAGUUGGACAUGUUGAUAUUUAUCCAAAUGGUGGUGGUUGUCGACAACCUGGAUGUUUUAUUAUAAAUAAACUUUAUUGUGGACAUUUGAGAGUACUGGAUUUAUAUAGUGAUUCAUUUGAAUAUCCUACUUCAAUGCUUGCAACAAAAUGUGAUAGUUGGAAAGAAUACAAAAAACAAAAAUGUAAAAAUGGAAAAAAAAUUUAUGUUGGACAUGAUAUAUCAACAAAAAGUAAGGGUGUAUAUUAUUUAAAGACAAAUAAAAAAUCUCCAUAUGGACAGAAUCAAUUUUAA